UAACGAAUUUUCCUACGGUUUGGAGGAUGGAUACGAUGAAGAGGGCUUGGGGAAGGAUCUUUUGCAACUACGAAAAUAUCCCUGGAGAUCAAUUUCGAAAGAAAAGCAAGCCAAGCAAGAAACCCACUCUCUCUUCUCUUAAUAAUCAUUCACAUGACGCAAUAUGCACACAUCUCUCUACUCGAGGCCGCCAUCUAUGCAUAGACACAACGCAAAUGUAUGAUUGUUGUGUCAGAAGAGAGAUAAAGAACCUUCUCUCUCUAGCUUUUGGGGAUCUAUAUAACAGACAGUGUCUCCCUUUGUUCUCUUUGUCCCUCUGCCUUCCACACACACAGUUUUGUCUCUCUUUCUCUCUCUCUCUUUUCGUUUACUCUGCGUCUCAACACUCCUUCCCAGAAGAAAGAAAGCCAGCAAUGGAGAGGCUAAACUCGAAGCUAUACGUGGAGAACUGUUACAUAAUGAGAGAGAAUGAGAGGCUAAGGAAGAAAGCUGAGCUUCUGAAUCAAGAGAACCAACAGCUUUUGUUUCAACUCAAACAGAAACUCUCCAAAACUAAGAACCCUAGUGGAUCAAACAAUGACAAGAAUCUUUGUCCAUCAAGCUCUGCUUCUGGACAAUCCUGAAUCAAAAUCAAGAAAUGUUAGAGCAGAUAUUUGGAAUUGGUAGAAGAAAAGAUCCAAUCUUCCUAGGUUUUGUUGUUGUUGUUGUUGGUUAUUUGGUGUAAUGCAAGGAAGAUAGUAUAUCUAGUAGGUUGUUAUGAAUAGAAGAUUCUCUCUUGUGUCUCUAUAUUAGUCUUAUCAGUCAUAUUUUACAUUUGUUUCCAUUUUCUAUGUUAAUUGAAGAUCUCUUUUGCUUUC